UUAUUUUAUACACGUUCAUACAUGUUAAUUUUAUGAUGCCUAGAGGACGUCCUAAGAUCAACCUUGAACCGUACCAACUCCAUCUACUUGGGCUUUUCCAUGAAGGUGUUACAUACGCGCAGAUGGCUACUUACCUUCUUGAAGAGUUUCAAGUCCGUGUUACUUCUCGUACGAUUAAGCAGCGGUUCCAAACAUGGAAUGUAAGGCGACGCCUUCCUGCUGAGGUUGAGGAUGGAGUCAAGAAUCAGAUCCAGGUGCUGUUCUUUGAGGUUGGGCUUGAAGAUUCAGAUAUGCUUCAUGUACUGCAUAAUGAAGGCUUCCAAAUUGGAAAAUAUACGCUCGUACGACUUCGAUUUGAGCUUGGAUUACGCAGAAGAGUGCGAGGUGUUGAACAGAGCCAGCAAGCGGAUGAGCUCGUACAACAACUCGUUGGUCAAGAGCUAGAGAAAGGUGUCAUUGAUGGGUAUGGGCGAGGGUAUCUUUAUACACACUUUCGUCAACGUGGCCAUAUUAUCGCACGGGACCGGUUAUUUCGCAUCUAUCGUACGAUGAACUAUGAGGCAGUAGAGCGCCGCAAGCGCGACCUGCAGCGACACCGUGGGGAGUAUAUUGUUCCUGGCCCAAACUUUAUCUGGUCUAUCGAUGGCUAUAGUAAGCUGAAACCGUACGGCGUAGAGAUCUAUGCAUGUAUUGACGCGUACUCACGAUACAUUGUAUGGAUUUAUGUUGGAAUCUCUGCCUGCACUGCUGUUAGCUGCCUUCGCCAGUUUCUUAAGACACUUAAAGAAACAGAGCAGCAACCACGUUUUGUACAAUCUAAUUAA